AUGCGCAAGAGCCAAAACUCUGUCAAACAAGCGGCCCUCGCAAACCUGGCCCGGGAGGUGGUGCUGCCCUUCUUGGCUGUGAAGUUUCGCUCCGGGUCCUUGUGCCCGAUUGCAGCAGCAGAUGUGUCAACAUUCGCAAUCAGUGAUGGCGGUCAGCUGCAUGGUUUCGGAGGCAUCGAUGUUGCUCCGGUGGUUGCGGCAGCUGCAGGCCAGUGCGAAGUGCCGCCCGACCUUGGUCCGGUGGUUGCGGUGGCUGCAGGAGCAUGCCACACCUGCGCCGUCAAGGUGACUGGCGAACUGGUUUGCUUCGGAAAAAAUUUUUACAGGCAAUGCGAUGUGCCGCCCGACCUUGGUCCGGUGGUUGCGGUGGCGGCAGGAGGCCGCCACACCUGCGCCGUGAAGGCGAGUGGCGAGCUGGUAUGCUUCGGAUGGAACUCCGACGGCCGGUGCGAUGUGCCACCCGACCUCGGUCCGGUGGUUGCGGUGGCUGCAGGAUUGGCACACAUCUGCACCGUAACGGUGAGUGGCGAGCUGGUUUGUUUCGGAUCGAAUCGCCAAGGCCAGUGUGACGUGCCGCCCGACCUUGGUCUGGUGGUUGUGGUGGCUGCAGGGGAGAAACACACCUGCGCCGUGAAGGCGAGCGGCGAGCUGGUUUGCUUCGGAUGGAAUCGGCAAGGCCAGUGCAAUGUGCCGCCCGACCUUGGUCCGGUGGUUGCGGUGGCUGCGGGAGAUCAGCACACCUGCGCCGUGAAGGUGAGCGGCGAGCUGGUUUGCUUCGGAAGGAAUGACCACGGCCAGUGCGAUGUGCCUCCCGACCUUGGUCCGGUGGUUGCGGUGGCUGCAGGAUGGCAGCACACCUGCGCCGUAACGGUGAGUGGCCAGCUGGUUUGCUUCGGAGAGAAUGGCAAAGGCCUGUACGGUGUUCCGUCAGACUUUCAAGUUCAGUUUGCCCUGCCUCCGACGAGAGGCAUCCCCGUGCCCAAUCCGGAAGAGGGACUCGAAGUUGUGCAGCGUGUCAACCAUCUGGAGCCCGCCGCCGACAUUGCGGAAGAGGAGGGCACAGCCAUCGUGGCUUAG